UGUGUUGCAUAAAGCAGCAUUCACACGUGGCCAAUAAUUGUGCACAAUGGAAGGCCACGUCUACUUUAGAACAUUACGUUACCCCGAUGGAACAAUGCCAAAUAGUUGUCUCAUCGGGACAGCCAUUUGCAAUUGCCCCAUUGGGAUCGCCUGAUCCUACUCAGGUUGGCAUUUCCUUCUAUUGCGUGCAACAGUUAACUUCGUGUGAACGCUGCUUAAGCCAGCAAAAACUCUCUUCGGCUUCUUUUAUUGCUUAAGAAUCUGAUAUCCAAGCAAUUUUGAAGAAGUGUGUCAUUCCAUUUUUCAAUAUGGUUGAUAAUAAAUCCAAAUCAUGCAUUUUACCUAUGGCAAGAAUUAAAACGGUGAUGAAAGGAUCCCCUGAAGUGGAGAACAUCAGCAAUGAAGCAAUAUUUGUGAUGACGAAAGCUGCAGAAGGAUUUGUUGCCUUGCUUCUUCGUCAAACUCUGAAAGCCAGUGAUAACAAAAAGCAAGUUGACUAUCCCGAUCUUGCUAAUAUUGUUAACAAUAAUGAAAAUUUCGUAUUUUUAAGAGAUAUCAUCCCACCUAAAAUCAAGGGUAGAGAGUACUUAGAAAUUAUCAAAAGAGUCGAAGAACAUGAGAAAAGAAUCGCCUUGGAAGAUGAAGAACUGUAAUAUUGGAAAAGAAAUUCAUAAGUUUCAAUUUUUGCUUUUUCAGACACAAAAUUCUUUGUUAAUGUUAAUUUAUAAAAGUCAGAAUUUUAUUUAUAUUAAAUAUACAUGUAGUUGCUAUUCAUGUUUUGAAUGUAAACAUCAUUUAACAAUAUUGGCAUAAUGCCAAGCAUUCACUAUUGAGUUGUAUUUAAUUUAUAUAAGGAGUAUUCUACCAAUAUCCUGAAAGGUUUAAACUCGUUUUCGACGAUAAAUACUUGAUUGAGAAUAUAUAUUUUCGAAAAAUUAUUUAUUGAUAGGAGCUAUAGUUUCAUAUUCAGUAUGCUUUUGAGUGUUAACUUUGUUAAAAUUAUCAGCGAAAUUAUUAAAAUUUCAAUUGAUAAUAGAACAAACAUUAUGCGAUCAUAAUAAGGAUUUCUGUUUUUUAUAUUAUAUGUUGUCUCUUUAUAUAAAGUGUAUGCUUUUAAUUU